CAUGUCCAUCCUCCGAUUCAAGCCAGUAAGUGCAGGAUAUAGAGUUUAGAGCGCACAAAACACCCGAAACCUCAACCCCUCUUCUUCCGUACGAACUGGUUCAGUAAGGCGGUACAGCAAUUGCGUGCCCUCAACCUUGCGAGCACAAUUCUUGUUCUGCGAGUUCUCGAUGUCGUCCCAAGACUCGAACCAGCCGUUUGAUGAUGUUUUUAGCAAUUUUCCUGCUGGAACAGACCUUUCGAUCCCAUACGAGCCGGAACCACGUCGAAAACGUCGAAAGGUACAACUCGCUUGCGAUUGCUGCCGUGCUCGCAAAGUCCGCUGUGACGGCAAACGGCCAGUUUGCGAUGUAUGCAGAAGAAGAGGAUCUGAGCAAGAGUGUCUGUAUGAGGAGGGCACGUUAAAAACGCAGAAACACAUUCAAGCAUUGGAGGAGCGAUUGGAAGAACUUGAGAGAAGCCGCAAGCAGGAGAUUGGUGGCCGUUCCCCGAGGAUCAGCGCUCCAAAAAGCUCAGCAUCGGAACCAGAAGCGACAGAUACUGACGAAGCUGAGUCAACCGAUGGACUGGCGACUGUCUCGUUACCUAACAAGGAUCAACAUCUGCUCUAUGGUCCGUCCUCGACGAUCGCAUUUGUUGAACACGUACUACUCAUUACAGGCGAGACUGAGGCAUUGGACCAGCCAGCGGCUGAUACAGCCGAACAUCGGGGAGCAAAGCGAUAUAGAACCGAUGCCAAAGAACAAUGCAAAGAUCUGGCUGUCCUAGAUCUUGUACCUAUUCGAAGCAUAUCUGACAGGUAUCUUCAGAGCUUUUGGGAUAUCGUCCAUCCGGUAUAUCCCAUUUUGCACAUCCCAACAUUCAUGCGCUUCUAUAAUCGCCUAUGGGAGCCCGGAGACGUUGAAGAUGGCAGUGAAGCAACAGAAAACUCUAUCAUGCUGGCAACACUAAAUAUGGUCCUCGCAAUUGGAUGCAGGUUUACCCACAGCCCAAAAACGGGUAACCGGGCCGCUUUGGCAGACCAGUUCUACCAGAGAGCGAGGAGGCUCGUGCCAAUCGAUACCUUGGACGAGGCGACACUACCAGUCGUCCAAUUGCUUCUGCUAACCGCUCUUCAUCUGCAAUCAACAAUGCACUCGAACCGAUGUUGGAACAUGGUAGGACUGGCGACUAGAGUGGCACAAAGCCUUGGCCUGCAUACCGAUGCACGUAAAUCCAGUUCUACCAGCCAACUAGAAAGAGAAAUGCGAAGACGAGUAUGGUACGUGUGCGUGACGUUGGAUAGGCUUAUUUGCACCACGUUCGGGAGGCCGUCCAUGCUGCCGUGCAGGUCCCGUGUGCCUUUGCCGAUUACCAUCGACGACGAGUACCUUCUCGAAAUCGGAGAAGGAACUCAACCGCCAGGCUCCUCAUGUCGGCUUGGAUUGUUUGUAUAUACAAUCCGUCUUCUAGAAAUUCUUGAUGACGUGUUGAAAUCUUUCUAUGCACAAGACGCUCAGGAGCAAGUUAUGGACAUCGAUAACCAGACAAAAAUGCCCUUACUGGACUUGGAUGAGAUGCUUCGUCUGAACUCACAGCUGGAUGUAUUUUUGGAUGGCCUCCCGGGUUAUCUGACACUCCAGGGUACUUGUACAGACUCGGAUGUCCAGCAAGAUAACACUCUUCUUCAACCAAGAAUUUUAUACUGUCGCUUUCUUUAUACGCGUCUCCUUUUGCUGCGGCCCCUCACCCUUCCCGCUGAAUUCUCUGCUACAAUCGGAAGCUCUCACCACAAAAACUUUGACGAGGCAGUUGUCAAGGAGAUGACCCAGGAAUGCCAAGAAACCGCCCACAAGCUGAUUUUAGUCUUACACCGAGGCCUGGGCACCGUUUACAGAUGUUCGGCAUGGUGGAGUGUCUACUUCACCUUCGGCGCAGCGACGGUCCUGCAAGCCUCUAUAUUGUCUAAUCCAGAUGACGAGGUAAAGAUUGCUGUUGAUUAUUCGUUAUCCCUGGCCAUGGAAAUCUUUACCUCCCUUGCCUCGGAGGUAAAAUCUUCAACAGAAGCCAUACGUGUCGUUCAGAAUCUCAAAGGUCGACUCCAACGCAUCGAACAUACAGGAUCUUCAGUACCCACUAAGAGGAUCUGCGAUGUCCAAGCUCUCACUGAACCUUUAUCUCAAAGCUUCUUUUCUGGAAACUUUGAUAUGGCACCCAUAAUGGAUCCUUUCUUUGAUGACUGCGCUAUCCAACAGACAUUGAACAGCAUUGAUUGGGGAGCUAUGUUCGAAUCUCAAGACUAA